AUGGUGGGGUAUAGGGCAGUCCGUUUUAAUUCAUUGGAAGAAACCAUCGGUCUAAUUCAAAGUGAAGUAUUGUGGGACGAGAAGGCGCGAAGUUACAUUGAGUUGCGCCACAAGUGCGCCAUUGUGCGCGCCCUCAAUACCCGCAUUGUCCGUCGCACCUCGCUCACUCGUUCGCUCGUCGAUCUGAAUACGGCACACCUCGCUCUAUGA